CACAUUGCACCAUUCUAGACAGAGGUGCCUGUGAGCCUUACACAACCACAAGCUUCUCUCAAAGAGGCAGCCACAGAAGGGACAACAUACACCAUGGGGUCUCUUUCAAUCUCUACCCACAGAGGAUUUGUCCACUGGCAAGGGCUCCUGCUGGUUGUCUCACUCUUCAACUUCUGGAGCCACCCCACCACAGCCCAAGUGGCAGUUGAGUCAAUUGAUGCUCUCGAGGGGAUGGAUGUGGUUCUGAAUAUCCACCAGAGGCCACUGAAUGCAGAAUACUUCCUGUGGUUCAGGGGAACAACCGUGGACAGUUAUACUAAUAUUGCUUAUCUUGUAAUAAGACCAGGAAGCCGUGUGAGAGGUGCUGUACGUAGAGAAUUAAGAGUACAGGAUGAUGGGUCCUUGUUGUUAAAGAAUGUCACCAUGAACCAUUCAGGAUCCUACACCAUAAUGGUCCUACUUCAAGGCUGCCAAAAAAUGAUAGCAUGUGGAUACCUUACUGUAUACCGACCUGUGAGUGUGCCCAUCCUCCGAGCUAGCAAAACCACAGUUACAGAGAAUAAAGAUGCUGUGGUCUUCACCUGUGACACAAACAGUGAAAACAUUGACUGGUUUUUCAAAGAUGCACGUCUGCCACUCACAGAGAGAAGGAAGAUGUCACUUGACCGCAGAAACCUCACCAUAGACCCUGUCCUGAGAUGGGAUGCUGGUGUUUAUCACUGUAAAGCCUCUAACCCCAGAAGUUCUGGCACAAGUGCUCCACUUAAGCUGAAUGUGGAAGUUGAGUGACUCUUCUUUCCUCCUCCAUGAUGUUAAACUCUAAAUAAAGUAUUUUGGAACAUCAUAAUUGAUUCAUUAUGAGGGUGAAUAGUUUUUAAAGAUUUGCAUUGAGUCAAUAAACAGUAGAAAAAGUAA